AAUCUUAGGUUUUCCUCUUCCCCAACACAACUUCUCACAAUUCAUAAAAAGUGAGACAAAUUAAGACAGAGAGAUCCAAGAACAUGAAUCACACGGUGGAUGAUCAAAACAUGGCCUUUAUCUCUCAACUGUACCCUGAUGUCUACACUCAGUUAGUACCACAACCAGGAGAUGUGAAGCCACCGAAGCGGAGGAGGAAGAAGAGCAAAGGAGCGUUGGCUUCCGGAGAUGGAAGUAACUGUUUGUUCAGGAAGAGAAAGCUAACCGAUGAACAAGUGAACAUGUUGGAGAUAAGUUUUGGUGACGAGCACAAACUUGAGUCGGAGAGGAAAGACAGACUUGCAGCGGAGCUAGGGCUUGACCCUCGUCAAGUUGCCGUUUGGUUUCAGAACCGUCGCGCUCGGUGGAAGAACAAAAGACUCGAGGAAGAGUACAAUAAACUCAAGAACUCACAUGAUAACGUCGUUGUCGACAAGUGCCGACUCGAGUCUGAGGUUAUUCAGCUCAAAGAACAACUCUACGACGCAGAACGUGAAAUCCAAAGAUUAGCAGAAAGAGCAGAAGGAGGAUCAAGCCACAGUCCAAUUUCGUCUUCGGUUUCCGUAGAAGCUAAUGAAACGCCAUUUUUCGGAGACUAUAAAGUCGGAGACGAGGAGGAUGACUAUGACAACUUGUUUUAUCCGGUGCCUGAAAACAGUUACAUCGAUGGAGCGGAAUGGAUGAGUCUAUACAUAUGAAAUCACUAGCUUAUUAAUGUAAUAUUCAAUAUUUAGUUAUAUAAAUCAAGCUAGUAUCGUGAAUUAGGGAAGCAUAUUUUUAAGUAAAAUUUGAUAGAUUAUAUAACUGUUGAAUUUCGAAUGUACAAAUAUAUUAACGAUGGGUUUUCUCGCUAAUGUAAUUUGGCUAUCUUUAUGUAAGCAAGAAUUGCUUAA